GCAUCGAAGGCCCCGGCUUCCAAUUUUUUACCCAGCUGCCCGACUACGCGCUGGACCAUAUUUAUCACGAUCGUUGCCAAGUUUGCGAAGGGGAACGCUCUCGACCACCACCUUCACAAGGACAUCGGCUUCGACAAGGUAGACCCGUAUGACGACAACCCGUACAAGAACGACAACAUCAAGGACCUCAACCUGAAUAUGUACGACACCAAGCUCAUCAAGAACCGCAGC